AUGCUGCGCUUCCUUCCUCUCAAACUUGGCCGCCUGUACCGCUGUCUCAAGCUCCUGUUUGUGCUGGGGCUUUUUGUAAUCUUGCUCAUGAACACCCACAAUCUGUUUGCUUCGUUCCAAAAGAAUGAGCUCACUGACCGGCGCUUCAUCAACCUCAACAAGUGUCCUGCCUGCUUCGGCACGAGUUGGUGCCGCAAGUUCAUGAACGGCCAGGUUUCCUUUGAAACGUGGGGUCGCCUGCGCUUCCUCGAUAUCUUCAACGUCAAGAAUGUUUACUUCGCCCAGUAUGGGGAACCCAGAGAAGGCACACGUCGCAUCGUACUGAAGCGCCUCGGCUCUAACCAGGAGUUGGCCGAGAUAGACCAGAAGAUCUGCAAGAGGGCCACAGGCAGGCCCCGUUGCGAUCUUAUUCAGGCAAUGUAUAAAACUGAAUUUGCCAGGAUCAAUGGCGACGUUCGUCUACUUACUCCCGAAGUGGUAGAGGGCUGGUCAGACCUGGUACACUGUCCCUCUCAGCGAUUGCUGGAUCGUGUGGUUCGGCGGUACGCAGAGACCAAAGACUCUGGCAGCUUCCUACUCAAAAAUCUUAAGGACACGGAGAGAAUGCAGCUGCUCAUGACCUUGGCAUUCAACCCGGAACCACUUGUCCUGCAGAGCUUUCCAUCAGAUGAAGGUUGGCCAUUCGCCAAGUACCUUGGGGCGUGUGGGCGCGUGGUGGCCGUCAACUACGUUGGCGAAGAGCUGUGGAGCUACUACAAUGCUCCUUGGGAGAAGCGUGUGGACCUGGCGCGGCAGCUGAUGGACAUCGCCGAGCAGCUGACCAACAACGACUUCGAGUUCGCCCUCUACCUGCUGGAUGUCAGCUUCGACAACUUUGCAGUCGGCCCCCGAGACGGAAAGGUCAUCGUCGUCGACGCUGAGAACGUUCUCGUGGCUGACAAGCGACUGAUCAAGCAGAACAAGCCCGAGAACUACGACGUGUGGUACGAGAGCCGCUUUGAGGAGUGCGACCGAGAGGCCUGCCUUUCUUUCUCCAAGGACUCCCUGUGCUCCCGGGUCACCGUGGACCACAACUACUACGCCGUGUGCCAGAACCUGCUGUCGCGCUACGCCACAUGGCGGGGAACCACCGGGGGCCUCCUCCACGAUCCACCCGCCCACAUAGCCAAAGACGGCCAGCUGGAGGCCCUGCUGGACGAAUGCACCAAGCCCAAGAAGCGCUACGGCCGCUUCCAGGCAGCAAAGGAACUGCGAGAGUACCUCACACGGCUAUCGGCCGCCUCCUCGCCCGCCAGGUAA